AUGGUAAUUCUGUUGUGCUUCUUGCUUCCUGCAGCAAUUCCUGUACGAUUUUGGGGUGAAUCGCCGUUGGUUGCUUUCUAUACGGCUUCUCUAUUUCGCUACUGUUUCUUGCUUCACGCCACCUGGUUCAUCAAUAGUGUCGCCCACAUGUUUGGGUACAGACCUUAUGACACUCGUAUUACCCCAGUGGAAUCCGUAUGGACUUCUGUAGCGGCAGUUGGUGAAGGCGGUCAUAAUUUCCAUCACACUUUCCCACAGGACUAUCGCGCCUCAGAGUACUCGCUGAAGCUGAACUGGACGUGCAUUUUCAUCGAUAUGUUCGCCGCCAUCGGUUGGGUUUACGAUAGGAAAUCCGUGUCGGAGGAGUACAUCAGAAGGCAGUGUGAGAAGUAUGGAGAUCCGGAUAAACGAGACAAAUGGUCCUCUUAUUUGUGA